AGUUGGAUCUACAGGAACAGGUUGUAACAAUGAAAGGAAUCAGCUACCUUGCGCCUCUUCUACUGUUGGUCAUCAUUCAGAACAGCUGGCAAGUUCCUCUACAAGCUGAGGACAACUCCAGCUUACACACAGCAGAUACAAUGGCGGAUGAGGUGAGGGAGCUGUCUAACAUGAAGAGACACUCAGAGGGAACCUUCUCCAACGACUACAGCAACUACAUGGAGGAGAGGAGAGCACAAGACUUCGUCCAGUGGCUAAUGAACUCCAAGAGGAGUGGCACCACCUCCAAACGCCACGCCGACGGGACCUACACCAGCGACGUGAGCUCCUACCUGCAGGACCAGGCGGCCAAAGACUUCGUCACCUGGCUCAAGUCAGGCAGAGCCAGGAGAGAAUUUGCAGAGGAGGGGAAAGGAAGCUUCAGACGACACGUAGACGGAAGCUUCACCAGUGACGUCAACAAAGUUCUAGACAGCAUGGCUGCCAAAGAGUAUUUACUUUGGGUCAUGACCUCAAACCCCUCAGGGGCAAGUAACAAACGACAAGCACAUCUCUGAAAGAAGACGACGCUGCCUUAUCCAAUAUAUCUAGUACUGUACACAGGAUGAGAAGCCUUCAUGAAAACUAAGCCAUAGCCUACUGCUUAAGCAUGUCGCAACGUUAGGUUUGAUGUAAUGGUUAAGGAUUGUUUACUUUGUUUACUGAUCCUGAAUAUAUGACGCAUAGAGCAUUCUCAGGCAGUCAUCAAUUUAAGUAAAAUAUUUUUUCUACAAAUCUAAAUUAUUUUCUAUAUUUG